AUGGAAGUUAGUAUGAAGGAUAAUAAUAAAAGAAUUGUUUUAUUACCUGUUGAUGGCAGUGAUCAUUCCACGCGAGCAUUUCAAUGGUAUUUGGAUAAUUUAAAGAGUGAAGAAGAUGAACUGCAUUUUGUUUAUAUUAUUGAACCAGCGUUUUCAACACCGACAAUUGAACUUGCAUUGGCUUCACCACCAGUAAGUAAUAUUAUGCAAUCAAUGCAAGAGAGUAUUAACAAUGGAAAGAAACUUUUACAUGCCUAUUUAACAGAAGCAAAAGCUGCUGGCAUCACUUGUCAUGCACAUGCUCAUAUUGAUACAAAACCUGGUCAAGCUUUAGUUAGAAUAGCUGAAGAAUACAAUGCAAAAUUGAUAGUAAUGGGAACCCGGGGAUUGGGAAUAAUUCGUCGGACAUUACUUGGCAGUGUUACAAACUAUGUAUUACAUCAUGUUAAAACUCCUCUGGUGAUUGUACCUCCAGUGAAAUCAUGA